CGGAGGCCAUCAUUCGUGUUCCAAACCGUGGAAGGAAGAAGGAAGGGGAGACCGAAAAGACACCCGGAUGUUGAAGCGUCCCCAAUCUUUCUCGCUUUUCAAGACACGUCAGUUUUUCCUCGACACGAUUGACAAAGAUCUGAUGGAAGUUGAACCUCUGGAUGCAACAUGGCGUCCACUCAUUGGGUUGGCGGUGUUUGACAGCAGUUGUCUCCUUCGUCGGCUCCUUGAGAACAGCGACGGCAACAAAAGAGAAGCAUUCCCGUUUUGAUUUUGUGGCAAAAAGUAUCUUGCUCGCAUCCAUUUCUUAUUCUUAGUCAACUAUCGAUAAGCAAAGCAGUGUUUCAAGAUGGUUCGAUUUUUGGUUCCUUUUGCCGCCUUGGUCGUCGGCGUAUCGGCUUUUGCACCCAGCCACACCACCACUAGUAGCAGACCAUCGUUGGUGCUCUCGGCAGCUUCCGUCGCCGAAACUCCCACGGCGGAACCUCCUCUGUCUCCAUUGACCAGUUGGGGCGACCAGAUUUCGGACAUUACCAGUUUGCAAGAAAAGGUCCGAUCGGACGGUCUUCCCGAAUUUGCUCCCACGAUUUCUGCCAAGGAAUUGGGCAUUGCCGGUGAUGAAGCUGCGCAGCUCAAGUACUUUGAAGAUAAUGCCAUGGAAAUCAAGACAAAACUGCAGGCGCAUGCUGCUGUCGUCUUUCGGGAUUUUGAACUCAUGAAGAAACAAGACGGAUUUCAACAAAUGUACGGAGCCAUCGGAAUGAAGCCAUGUCUGGAUCCUCUUCACUCGGUCAGUGCCAGACCGACUGUAGACGGAACCAAAAACUCGCCCGUCUACGAAGCUGUCAACAAGGAAUCUCGCAAAAACUUUUUCAUUGGAAUGCACAACGAGUUUGUCGGUACCCGUGCUCCUCGUGCGGCUGCUUUUGUAUGCUUCAAGGCUGCCGAGACCGGAGGAGAAUUCCUGAUUGCCGAUGGUCGACGCAUGUUCCGUGACUUGGACCCACAACUGGUGCAGGAACUGUACCAACGCUCCAUCCGAUACUCCGUCAUGGAGCUCCCCUUCUUUGGUUGGAUUGACAAUCUGCCGGAACCCGUCCAAAACCCCAUCAUGGGAGUUGUGCGAGGAUUGGUCUCGGCUGCCAUCAAUGCCAAGGUAGACUUUUCUGUAGAACUCUUGUGGGGCGAAGGCGGAUACGAUAAUGUCAAAAUGUUGCAAGCACGCGCACCCAGUCAGCCACCUAUUGUGCUGCAUCCAAUCACUGGAGAACCAACCUGGUUCUGCAAUGUUCACUCUCAUUCCUCCAAGUUGCGAAAGGACCGAGAGAGCGUGUACGGAGCCGAACGUUUCGAGGAUGGUGCAUCUCAAAUCAACAAGUCUGACAUGUUCUUUGGCGAUGACGGCGAACUGACCGAAGAGCAGUUGAAGCAAUUGGACGAAGUCACCAUGAAGAACGUCCAAUUCGUCAAAAUGACGGAAGGUGACGUCGUUCUCCUUGACAACUACAAGUGCAUGCACGGACGUAACGUCUUUGAUGGAACACGAAAACAUGGUGUCGCUUGGUUCGAAGGAUGGGAAGGAGAAGAAGACAUGAAGAGCGACGAAUCCUUGCUCAAGACGGUUCGAAUGAUGGCUUAGUUAGUUAGUUAGUUAGAUAGAUGGAGUGGCCAGCUACAAACUGAUCCGACUGACCCAGCCAGUUGAUGACUUCGCGUGGCUGAUGUAUCACGACUUCCUUUUUAGAAGAAGCUUGACUUGCAUAUAAACAUUUUACUAAAAGAGGACUUGUAUAUGGGCUACGGAAUGGGUGCUCGGGACGGAUAGACAACCCGAAAGCCGCAACCGACUAUAGCGAUAGAACCGAGGCAAAAGGCCACCUCGAUCUUGGUAACGUAUUGCUUAGCCAGGGAGUUAAACAACAGCAACAAGCAGCCUUUGUGACGUGUUCAUACCAUCCAUCCAUCCGCAAUAGCACACUGCUGAUUGAGAAGAAGGGAAACAUAAGAUUAUUCAAGUAGAUCCACACCGGUACUUCGGAGACCGAGUGAUGGAACCUUUUGGAACACACUGGCUACAACACUGAACGUAGCCCGUAUUUGGAACAGCAAGGACCAGCCGGAGCAAGGGCCUUCUGGGCACCACUUCGAGACAAAACAGGCAACAUGGAGGUCCAGACGGAGCGCAUCAUUGCACCUAACUGCAGUCAGUAGCCUUCCGCCUGCCUCCAUCUUUCUUGCAGCUUUUCUUGCUGCAACGUUGUUUCUUGCCUCUUCAAGCAAGGAUUCUUUCCCACGGUGCUCCGGGUCGGAAGCAUGGUCAUAAUGGAACUGGGCUCGAUAUGCUUGCUUGCACUGGCAGCCAACUCCUGGCCCCCAUACCUUGUGGUUAAUCCUCCAGGAUGGAAUCAUUAUUGUGCAUGUAGCAAGCGAGGCCGAAGAUUGAACCAACUCUACUGCGUACAGUACCGGUAGAUCUUGCAUGCUAUGCGGUUCAACUGGCUUUUUAACACCUUGCGACUUGCCAACUGACAUGCGAUUGAUAAAGGUUGAAAAGGUAGUCAGUCUGGUUUUCUAUUUCCAAAUAAAUAAAAGCUUGCUACUAAAGAACCCAGUACCAGUAGAAGAAAAAAAAUCUUUCAUAUUAUUAUUCGGCAUCGACGAUCGACGAC